AUGUAUCGGUCGUAUUUGGACCCACAUCUCACCAUCAGAAAAGUGGUCCCCGUCUAUUUCACCAUGUUGGCCGUGUUCCUGACCUUCCUUUUGGUCUCUCUCCAUGGAACGUCUCCGGUCGAGAGCUCCUUCCCGUACAAGGUGCCUCUUGACCCAGAAGGCUCGGUGGAACUCUACUGGAACGUGAGCUACCCGGAGGAAACGGUCUACUUCCAGAUCCUGAUGAAGGACCUCAAGUUCGGAAUGAUCUUCGGAAUGUCGGACCGAGGGGGCUUUGAAGACGCGGACCUGGCCAUCCUGUGGAGCAACGGGUUUGGCUUCUUUUUCGGGGAUGCAUGGAGCGACCAGGACGGGCAAAUUCAUAUCGAUUCUCAACAGGACUAUCAGCUGCUGAUGGCCCAACAGGCACCUGAGGGCCUCUACCUGGUGUUCAAACGGCCUUUCUCUACCUGUGACGCCCGAGACUACCUAAUAGAGGACGGGACUGUUCACCUCAUCUACGCCAUGCUGGAGAGACCAUUCCAGUCGGUUUCUGCCAUCAACGUCUCUGCCAUCCGAAACCGGGGACUGCAGCGGGUCCAGCUUCUGAAACCAGAGCACCGGCCGCCCCCUCUCCCGUCGGAUGUCCGCAGCAUGCUCAUCAAGGCGCCAGAGGUUCUCAUCCCUGAUAAGGAAACUACCUACUGGUGUUAUAUCACCGAGCUGCCCCAGGACUUCCCCAAGCACCACAUUGUCAUGUAUGAGCCAGUGAUCACCAAGGGGCACGAAGCGAUCGUUCAUCACAUCGAGGUAUUCCAGUGCUCUGCGGAUGAUGACGUCUUACCUCGUUUCAGUGGACCAUGCGACUCCAAGAUGAAACCUGAGAAACUCAACCACUGCCGGCACGUCCUGGCCGCCUGGGCGAUGGGGGCUCGGCCAUUUUAUUAUCCAGAAGAUGCCGGUCUGGCUUUCGGUGGGCCUGGUUCUUCCAGAUAUCUUCGACUGGAGGUCCACUACCACAAUCCCCUGGAGUUAAAAGGGCUGAGAGACUCGUCAGGUAUCCGUCUCCAUUACACGCCCUCCUUGAGAAGGUUCGAUGCUGGCAUCAUGGAGCUUGGCCUGGUCUACAAACCCCAUAUGGCCAUCCCACCCGGCCAGAAGGACUUUGUGCUGACGGGGUACUGCACAGACAAAUGCACGCUGACGGCUCUUCCCCCGGGCGGCAUCCACGUUAUUGGCUCUCAGCUUCACACACACCUGGCAGGACGGACCGUGACCACCAUGCUGGUCCGCGAAGGUCGAGAAGUAGAAAUUGUGAAUGAAGAUAAGCAUUACAGCGCGCACUUCCAGGAGAUCCGAAUGUUAAAGAAAUCUGUCCAUAUUCUGCCGGGGGACGUUCUUAUUACCAGCUGCUCCUACAACACAGAAGACAGGAGCGCGGCUACGGUGGGAGGAUUCAGCAUCACAGAUGAAAUGUGUGUGAAUUACAUACAUUAUUACCCGCGUACCGAGCUGGAACUCUGCAAGAGCUACGUAGACCCCGGGUACCUGAAUAAGUACUUCCACCUUAUGAACAGGUUCCACAGCGAGGAGGUCUGCACGUGCCCCCAGGUCUCCGUCACCCAGCAGUUCCUCGAGGUUCCGUGGACUUCGUUCUCCGCGGAGGUCUUGAGCUCGCUGUACAGCUUCGCUCCCAUUUCCGAGCACUGCAACCGGUCCUCGGCCGUGCGCUUCCCGGGAGAAUGGGAGAUGCAGCCUUUGCCGAAGGUCACAAAGAAAUUACCCCAAGCCCGGGCUGGCUGCGAAGGUCCCAAAAGCUCGGGAACGGCGGGGCCUUCUCUGGUGGACAUCAAGGCGUCGGGCCGCUCGUGAGAAGCCCCCGCGUUUG